CUGCAUUCAUAGUACCACGAGACAAUUAUAUGACUUCCCAGCGAGGGCUUGGACGUUCUAAAGAAUUUCAUAGUUAUCCCUCAUUACUUUAAUGAAUUUCGACGGAAUGUGAGUUAGGCUAUCGACUGCAUCUCUUUUCAUGGAUUCGAAACAAAACCUUGAGAGAGAUGAAGAACGGGAUAAUUUGCUAGAUGGUCUUGCCUUGCUCCCAUAUUUUGAGCGUCUAACACACUUUAUCCGUGGUUCAACAAGACACCUAGUUGCAGGCGGAGUAACAGUGGUUGACUUCCGGCCUCUGUAUACGGUUAUAGUUCAUCACCUCCAGCGCCAGCUGGCUGAGGAGAUCCAGAAGAUAGAGAAGGCGGACAUCACAGGCCAGCAGUUGGAGGAUAUCAGAGGAACUCUCCAUAAAUAUACGGAUGCUCUCCGAGACUUCGAAUUCAUUCACGGCAACCGGUGGAACACGCACUUUGUAAAGGAAAUUGCGGCUUCGCGGCUCGACGACGGCCGAGGAUCGAGGCUGCAAGCGGCGUUGAUCUGGGACCUAGGCCUCAAGGCUCCCGCCUCACACCGCAGCCUGUUCCGGGAUUCGGACUUACUUGGCUCAUUCAAUCCCAAGCUGAUGCAGCAUGGGACAUCGGUUGGGGGGAGUCUAGGUACGGGCCGAGCGCAGGCGAUGGCGAGGGAGGAGCGUCGAAUGCAUUUCCACAUGGCCUUGAAGCGAUUCGCUUUUGCUAUCAUCGGAGGGUUAAUCAUCGUGGUGCCUAUGCUUAUCUUGGUUGUCGGUAGUGCGACGGCUAAAACGCUGGCUGUUAUCUCAACGUCGAUUUUCCUCUUCGCAGUUAGUGUCGCCGUCUUUUCUACGACGGAGCCAGGAAACCUUCUGGCUGCUACGGCAGCAUAUGCUGCUGUGUUGAUGGCGCUCAUUGGAGGCGGCCACAGGAGCAAUAUCUGAUAUCAAUGCCUGCAAUGUAAUGACCACUCGGCUUGGGGACCUGUCUCAACCUCGAUCGCCUAUUUCUUCUUCUUCUUUUCUGCGUGUUAAUACAGAUCGAAAAUAUCG